UAAUAGUAAUAAAUGUCCAAGAUUAUCUAAAUCUCGUUCUUCUUUAACUAUACACACUUUAUCUACACUGGAGGAAGAAGAAGGCGAAUCAAGUAAAAAAGCGGGUAUGCCUAAAGCUGUCACCACAAUUGCUCUUAAAGAACUUGAAAAAUUAGGUUGCAUAGAUCCAAAUACUAACAAUUACGUCAAUAUAAAAAAACCAUCAAUACCAAAACCUAAAAAUUGUAUCGAAUAUUUAAAAUGGUCAAAUUUUUUAAAUCAUUUGUUAAUACCGAUUUAUCAUGAUAUUGCUUUAAAACUGACUUGGCCAAUGACAAAAAAAGUUUUAAAAGCUGCUGUUGCUUAUUGGCUGGCUUUUCUUAUAGUUCUUACCGUGCCUGUCAUGAAAACAAUUGGGACGGGAACUUUUUUGGCGAUUGUGAUGGUUUGUUAUUUUCAACCAUCAGGAACUUUUGGUUCUUUGGCUGAGAUGUACGCUAAUAAUAUAAAAAGGAUGAUCGAUAUAGUUGAAAACAUGUUGAAUUUAGUUUGUGGAAUUGAACACGAAUUGUUGAGUUUGAAUGGAACAGAGUGGAAAACAGACUUGGCUGAUGUUUUAUCACCAGCAAAAUGUCACUACGUCACACACAUCUUGACCGCAUUUCAUAUCUUGGGGACAGCUUUAGAAAAUCGUGUUAGUCUACCACCUUAUAAUAUUGUGGCAUCUGGUGAUGCGAAAUUUGGAUUGGCUGGAAAAAUAAGUUAUAAGAUCAGUAGAACUGCGUCCGGAUUAUCAAAACAUAACUUUGAAACGCCGGCUUAUGCAUGUUAUUGUGCUUAUUUGAUAAAGUCUAGUCAUCUAAUUAAUGAGUUGAUGAAGUUGGUUGGUGUCGUCAAAAGUUUAGUUGGUGUUAAUAGAUAUGUUAAAGAGUUGAUUGAUUUUUAG